GUUGUUGUUGGUAUUUUCAACUAUACGCAGUGCGGUCACUCUAGCAUGCAUGUUAUGAAAACAGCGGAAAAAUGUUGAGAAAAUCGUUUAAUAACUUGCCACGGUUUGGUCAGCUGUUCUCACGCCUACAAAGCACACAGAGUGCAGCGACAGCCGUCGAGGAACCGGAAGAUAUUGAUGUGAUUGAAGAACGGAUUCUCAAACAUCCGGAUUACUUCCAGGUGAACAAUUUGUUCACUGUGCGCGAUCUGUUCAAUGCCCGCGUGCACUAUGGGCACAAGGAGGGCUCCCUCGACGAUCGCAUGCGACCGUAUCUAUAUGGCAAUCGCUUGGGCCACCUGAUCUUCGAUUUGGACAAGACAGCUACCCAUUUGCGGCAGGCACUCAAUUUUACGGCACACAUUGCAUUCCGUGAUGGCAUCAUAUUGUUCUUCAAUCGGAAUGCACUCAACGCACUGCUCGUCGAGCAGAAGGCCAUGGAGGCGGGCGAAUAUUCGCACACGCGCUUCUGGCGCGGCGGCAUCUUUACCAAUGCGAAUGUCCAGUUCGAUGCCGUCACCAGGCUGCCCGAUCUGUGCAUCUUCCUCAACACACAGAACAAUGUGAUGGCCCAGCAUACGGCUGUGCGUGAUGCAGCCAAAAUGGCCAUACCCACAAUUGGCAUUGUCGACAGCAAUUGUAAUCCCAAUUUGAUUACGUAUCCGGUGCCCGGCAACGAUGAUUCCCCCGCCGCAGUCGAACUCUACUGUAAUCUGUUCAAGGAGGCCAUUUGGCGUGGCAAACGUAAGCGACGAGAAGUGCUCGGCUUGCCUCCCAUUAAUGAGGCUAAUUUUAAAGCCAGUCGCAGUCGCUCCAAAUCCAACAAAGUCAAUUAAAACUAAGCUAUUUUAAUUUUGAAUAUAUAAAACCACAAUACUUUA